UAGUAUAGGUAUAUCCUCAACCAUGGUAGAUACAAACAUCGUAUGCUCCAUGUGCGGCGACAUCGGCUUCCCCGAGAAGCUCUUCCAAUGCAUCCGAUGCCGCUACCGCUCCCAACAUUCCUACUGCACAAACUACUACAGUGACGAGCCAUCAGAGGUUUGCGAUUGGUGCCUGAGCGAGGAACGGGGCGGUCUAAAGUACGGCGGAAGCCAUUCAAAGAAGCCAGGAGCCGUUCGAGAAGCUUCAGCUUCUGCAGAGAAGCCCAAAGAAAGCAUCGAACGGGAGGAGAUCGCGAGCGGCAGCCGGGUGAAGAGCGGGAGCGGCGCGUCUUCUUCUAAGGCGGCAGGGCGCAGGUACAAGCUUCUCAAGGAUGUUUUGUGUUAAGCGUUAAUUAAUCCUGCAAUUUUUGUUAAUUAAUGUGCAUAUUAGCUGUAAUUAGUGUAAUUAGUGAGCUUCUCUCUAUAUAUCAUCAUAUGUGACUGUGAUAAUAUAUAUAUAUAUAUAUGUUGUAAAUGAAGGAAGAACUCUGUA